AUGGCUUCUCGUGGUCUUCCCCGUGCCCUCCGUCUUGCCCGUGUGGCCGCUCCUCGCUCGGUCAUAACCGCAGCUCUCCCUCGCCCUGCUAUCGCUGCCGCUGCCGCUCUCCCCCGAGUCUCCUCGGUCGUCACUCCCGUCCGUGGUAUCAAGACCAUUGACUUCGCCGGUGUCAAAGAGGAUGUCUACGAGCGUGCCGAUUGGCCCCGUGAGAAGCUCCAGGAGUACUUUAAGGAUGACACUCUAGCCCUCAUUGGUUACGGCUCCCAGGGUCACGGCCAGGGUCUGAACCUCCGUGACCAGGGUCUCAACGUUAUCGUCGGUGUCCGCAAGGAUGGUGCCUCCUGGAAGGAGGCCAUUCAGGACGGCUGGGUCCCUGGCAAGAACCUGUUCGAUGUCACCACCGCCAUUCAGAAGGGUACCAUUGUUAUGAACCUGCUCUCCGAUGCCGCCCAGUCCGAGACCUGGCCCACCAUCAAGCCCCUCCUCACCAAGGGCAAGACUCUCUACUUCUCCCACGGUUUCUCCCCCGUAUUCAAGGAACUCACCAAGGUCGAUGUUCCCAAGGACAUUGAUGUCAUCCUCGUUGCCCCUAAGGGUUCCGGCCGUACCGUCCGCACUCUCUUCCGUGAGGGCCGUGGUAUCAACUCCUCCAUCGCUGUCUUCCAGGACGUCACUGGUCAGGCCAAGGAGCGCGCCAUCGCCAUGGGUGUUGCCGUCGGCUCCGGCUACCUUUAUGAGACCACCUUCGAAAAGGAGGUCUACUCUGACCUCUACGGCGAGCGUGGCUGCCUGAUGGGCGGUAUUCACGGCAUGUUCCUCGCCCAGUACGAGGUCCUCCGUGAGCGAGGCCACAGCCCCUCCGAGGCCUUCAACGAGACCGUUGAGGAGGCCACCCAGUCCCUGUACCCUCUGAUCGGUGGUAACGGUAUGGACUGGAUGUACGCUGCCUGCUCCACCACUGCCCGUCGCGGUGCCAUUGACUGGUCCAGCCGCUUCAAGGAUACCCUGAAGCCCGUCUUCAACGACCUUUACGACAGCGUCCACAACGGCACUGAGACCCAGCGCUCCCUCGACUACAACUCGCAGCCCGACUACCGUGAGAAGUACGAGAAGGAGAUGCAAGAGAUCCGCGAUCUUGAGAUCUGGCGCGCCGGAAAGGCCGUCCGCUCCCUCCGCCCCGAGAACCAGAAAUAA